GUUAACCCCAGCACAGUUACAAAGCAAUAUAUAAGGCAUCUGAAACAUCACUGAGAGCAGACAUAUUCUUCGUUAGGGAUGAUGUCGUACCUGAAAGUAACGGUCAUAUGGAACAUACUUUGCGUUUCCCUGGUGAUCCUUUCACUGCCCUUGAUUCAAGAAGUGUCUUCUCAAGAUUUAUCAAGCUGUACAGGGAGAUGUGGGCAAGGGUAUUCUAGAGAGCAUGACUGCCAAUGUGAUUAUAACUGUCAUCACUACAUGGAGUGCUGCCCCGACUUCAAGAAAGUCUGCACAGUGGCACUCUCCUGCAGAGGACGUUGCUUUGAAGCCUUUGAAAGAGGAAGAGAAUGUGACUGUGAUGCAGACUGCAGCAGAUAUGGCAAAUGUUGCCCAGACUAUGUGGAACACUGUGAAGAGGCACACACUGAAAAGUCACCACUAGAAGACAAAUCAACAUCUAAAAGAUCAUCCAAAAAUGAGGAAAAGCCAGAGGAAGUAACACAGCACCAUGAAGUUAUGGAAGAUACCCCACCGACAACAGCAGCGUCAACAGCCAAGGCUGAAUCUCCCAUCACCCCCAAACCUGAAGACACAACCCCAGAGGCCACAGAGACAUCAAUAACUGAGGCAGACCCUCCCACCACCCCUAAACCUGAAGACACAACCCCAGAGGUCACAGAAGCACCAACCAAGGCAGACCCUCCCACCACUCCCAAAGUAGAAGACACAACACCUGAAGCCACAGAGCCACCAACAACCAAGGCAAACCCUCCAACAACCCCUAAAGUAGAAGAUACAACAGCUGAGGCCACAGAGGAACCAGUAACUGAAGCAGACUCUCCCACCACCCCUAAGGCAGAAGAUACAACAGCUGAGGCCACAGAGGAACCAGUAACUGAAGAAGAAUCUCCCACCACCCCUACGGUAGAAGAUACAACCCCUGAGGCCACAGAAGAACCAGUACCUGAAGAAGAAUCUCUCACCACCCCUAAACCUGAAGACACAACCCCUGAGGCCACAGAGCCACCACCAACUGAGGCAGACCCUCCCAGCAGCCCUAAGGUAGAAGAUACAACACCUGAGGACACAGAAGAACCAGUAACUGAAGCAGACCCUCCCACCACCCCUAAACCUGAAGACACAACCCCUGAGGCCACAGAGGAACCAAUAACUGAAGCAGACCCUCCCACCACCCCUAAACCUGAAGACACAACCCCAGAGGCCACAGAGGAACCAGUACCUGAAGCAGACGCUUCCACCACCCCUAAACCUGAAGACACAACCCCUGAACCAACAGAGCCACCACCAACUGAGGCAGACCCUACCACAACUCCCAAGGUAGAAGAUACAACCCCUGAGGCCACAGAGGAACCAGUAACUGAAGCAGACUCUCCCACCACCCCUAAACCUGAAGACACAACCCCUGAACCCACAGAGCCACCAACAACGGAGGCAGACCCUCCCACCACCCCUAAACCUGAAGACACAACCCCAGAGGCCACAGAGGAACCAGUACCUGAAGCAGACUCUCCCACCACCCCUAAACCUGAAGACACAACCCCUGAACCAACAGAGCCACCACCAACUGAGGCAGACCCUACCACAACUCCCAAGGUAGAAGAUACAACCCCUGAGGCCACAGAGGAACCAGUAACUGAAGCAGACUCUCCCACCACCCCUAAACCUGAAGACACAACCCCUGAACCCACAGAGCCACCAACAACGGAGGCAGACCCUCCCACCACCCCUAAACCUGAAGACACAACCCCAGGGGCCACAGAGGAACCAGUACCUGAAGCAGACUCUCCCACCACCCCUAAACCUGAAGACACAACCCCUGAACCCACAGAGCCACCAACAACUGAGGCAGACCCUACCACAACUCCCAAGGUAGAAGAUACAACCCCUGAGGCCACAGAGGAACCAGUACCUGAAGCAGACUCACCCACCACCCCUAAACCUGAAGACACAACCCCUGAACCAACAGAGCCACCAACAACUGAGGCAGACCCUACCACAACUCCCAAGGUAGAAGAUACAACCCCUGAGGCCACAGAGGAACCAGUAACUGAAGCAGACUCUCCCACCACCCCUAAACCUGAAGACACAACCCCUGAACCAACAGAGCCACCAACAACUGAGGCAGACCCUACCACAACUCCCAAGGUAGAAGAUACAACCCCUGAGGCCACAGAGGAACCAGUAACUGAAGCAGACUCUCCCACCACCCCUAAACCUGAAGACACAACCCUUGAACCCACAGAGCCACCAACAACGGAGGCAGACCCUACUACAACUCCCAAGGUAGAAGAUACAACCCCUGAGGCCACAGAGGAACCAGUAACUGAAGCAGACCCUCCCACCACCCCUAAACCUGAAGACACAACCCCUGAACCAACAGAGCCACCAACAAUGGAGGCAGACCCUACCACAACCUCUAAGGUAGAAGAUACAACCCCUGAGGCCACAGAGGAACCACUACCUGAAGCAGACUCUCCCACCACCCCUAAACCUGAAGACACAACCCCUGAACCAACAGAGCCACCAACAACAGAGGCAGACCCUACCACAACCCCUAAGGUAGAAGAUACAACCCCUGAGGCCACAGAGGAACCAAUAACUGAAGCAGACUCUGCCACCACUCCCAAACCUGAAGACACAACCCCAGAGGCGCCAACGACCAAGGCUGACUCUCCCACCACCCCCAAACCUGAAGACACAACCCCUGAAGCCACUGAGGCAUCUACAACUAAGGCUGACUCUCCCGCCACUCCUAAACCUGAAGACACUACUCCAGAGGCACCAACAACCAAGGCAAUAUCUCCCACCACUCCCAAACCUGAAGACACAACCCCAGAGGCGCCAACGACCAAGGCUGACUCUCCCACCACCCCCAAAGCAGAAGACACUACCCCAGAGACACCAACAACCAAGGCAGAAUCUCCUGCCACCCCCAAACCUGAAGACACAACCCCAGAGGCCUCCGAGGCACCUACAACCAAGGCUGACUCUCCCACCACCUCCCAGCCUGAAGACACAACCCCAGAGGCCACAGAGGCACCUACAACUAAGGCUGACUCUUCCACCACCCCAGAGGCACCAACAACCAAGGCAGAGUCUCCCACCACUCCCAAACCUGAAGACACAAGCCCAGCUGCCACAGAGACACCAACGACCAAGGCAGAAUCUCCCACCACCCCUAAGGUAAAAGACAUAACCCCAGAGACAUCAAUGAUCCAGGCAGACUCUCCCUCUACCCCUAAAGUAGAAGAGGUGGAAUCUUCCACAGCCCCUAGGGUCAAGGGGACUACCCCUACAGGCACUGAGGCUAACACCACUGCUAUACAGAAAACAACAUCUAUGGAAGUAACAGCUACUGGUCCUGGAUUAGUAACAACUGCUAAAGACAUGAGCACUCAAAGUACUGUGACUGUCACAACAACUACAAAAGAAAAACCCAUACCUGGAUCGGAUGCAACAGUUUUAGAAACAACUGAGAAGAAAAUUACAACUUUUGCACCCAAAGUAGCAACCAGCACAACUGUGAAAAACACGACUACAGGCGUUCAAAAGACGGUGGUGACUGAAACUAGGACUACUGAGAUUAUAACAGUAACUGACAAAAAAGACAAAACAGCUAAAACUGUUACUACUCCUAUAACUGAAGGGACAACAACUAAAACAGAAACGACCACAGUGAACAAAGAGGUAACAACACCCAAGAAAGACAAAACUACUGUGCUUAAAGACAUUUUAACAAGAACAAGUAGGAAAGACACAACUACUGUAACUUCAGAGAGAACAGCUAAACAAGAUGACCCUCCUAAAGGUAAGGAUGAUAUUCCAAACACAACUCCUACAGCUGAGCAAACUGUCACUACAGCAGCUGCAACAGAAACAACUGUCAUAGACAAGACUACAACAACAGCUGCAGAGAAAGAAGUAACCACUGCUAAACAGGACAAGACUCACGUACCAAAAGAGACUUUCACAACUAAGAAAGAAGAAAGCACCACGGGGACAGAGAGUGUAACAGCAGCUGCAGCAGUUACAACUCCCCUGCCCAAGUCCACUGUGUUGCCAACAACAGCCAAACCAGGUUCAACUCCUAAACCCAAGGAAAUUGUAGCAACAAAUAAAAAAGAUGCUACUACAGAAACUAAGCAGACAGUAGAAGCAGCGAAAGAGAGCAUAAGUAAUACUUGUGUUAUUGUAGAGACAACAGCUGGUAAAAAAGAGGUAACGACCACCAAAGAAACUAAUGUCACACCUGAAGAAGAAACGCCUGAUUCCUCUGAAAAGGCCCCUAGUAUUGACAAAGGAGAGGAAACUCCAGUUACCAAAGAAACCACUACAAGAGAUAAAAAAGACACAAUAGAAGAAAUGUUUAUUGUUUCUAAAGGGACAUCAAAGCCAGCUAUACAUUUCCAGGAGAUUACUGACACUAGAGAAGAGCCUCAUCCAGCUGACCCUGAAACUCUGCCAGUAGAGGAGCCCGAGAUAAACAAGCCUUUAAUACAAACUGACAACUUGCCAAUUUUACCUGGAGAAACACAAGCAAAGGAUGAGAAGGACCUGUGCAACGGGAAGCCAGCGGACGGCAUGGUGGCGCUGCCGAACGGCACCCUGGCCGUCUUCCGAGGUCACUACUACUGGCUGCUGAACGGCAGGAGCCCACCAACGACCAAUCCCCGCCGGAUCAGCGACGGCUGGGGCAUCCCGUCCCCCAUCGACUCCGUCUUCUCCAGGUGCAACUGCGAUGGCAAGACUUUCUUCAUCAAGGGUCCCCUGUACUGGCGUUUCACUAACGGUGUUAUGGAUAAAGGCUAUCCCAAACCUCUUGCAAAUGGAUUUGCAGGGCUAAGUGGAAAAAUAGUAGCGACCCUCCCUGUUGCAAGAUACAAUAAUAGACCAGAAUCUGUUUAUUUUAUCAAAAAAGAUGGCAACAUGCAACAGUAUGUGUACAGACAAGAACCAGCUAAGAAGUGUCAAAGAAGAACCCAGAUUACUGUAAGAUACCCAGCUUAUGUCCCAAGACUUGUAAUAAGGAGACGCUUCCAACGUGCAGUAAGAAUGCCAACCGUUAUUCAGACUGUCAGAAUCAACCCACGUUCAUCUGGAGUUUUGCGUAAGGAAAUCAAAAUGAAUGCCUACUGGAAAGGGCUCCCGAAAGUUAUUCAUUCAACUAUAUCACUACCCAACUACAAUAAGCCAGAUGGCUACGAUUAUUAUGCCUUCUCUUACAAUCGGUACUACAGUUUGGAUGUUGGCAAAAGAAUAGCAAAACCUGUUACUGCUCUCACAGGAAAGACUGUAUCCAAAGACUGGUACAACUGUCCUAGCAAGUGAUGCACAGCAGAGGAUUUAACAAAAAAGAUGCCAUUUGAAUGUUGACAUUUUGUCUAAUUUUAUUAAUAAAGACAUUGAAAUGUGUGCACACAAAUCUAAGUAUAAAA